UGCACGAUAAGCAUAUUCAAUGGCUGCCGAGAGCAUGACUAGGUUUAUGCCCCUCUUCUCAAGCCAUGAUUUAAGCAUUAGUUUAUAGGCUCAUCUAGAGGACCAUUCUGGUGCCUCCAAGUGGCGCUAUUCUAGACUGCAUGACCCCCUCCUUGCACUUUGACCAGGUCAUGGAGAUAGCAGACAAAGGACAAAACCCUCAAACCAUAGCAGAAAACCUUGAGAUAAUAUAUUAAAAACAGCUCUAAAGACCUUGAAAAAGGCACCAUCUUGCUCGUAAAUAAUCCAUGGCAUCUUUUCAAGCUUCAAUCGUAUAAGUAGCUCCACUGAGAACAAGACAGGGACAUGCAGACAGGGCUCUCCACCUCCUUUGGACAAUUUCCCAAUGGAAAUUCAUUUCCAGCAAGAAAAGAAGCGUAGAAAAGCAAGCAUGCCAGUUAGCAAAACAAGCAAGUUUAAGGGGACAAGUAGGCCUAGCAGCAGUAACAAGUUCGUUGGUGUUAGGCAAAGACCUUCUGGUAGAUGGGUAGCUGAGAUCAAAUACACAACACAAAAUAUAAGGAUGUGGCUAGGAACCUUUGAGACAGCUGAAGAAGCUGCUCGAGCUUACGAUGAAGCUGCCUGCCUGCUUCGUGGAUCAAACACGCGAACCAACUUCAUUACUCGUGUAUCCUUGGAUUCUCCUCUUGCUUCCCGGAUUCGAAACCUCCUCAACAACAAAAGGAGAGACAAACAGCAGCAGAGUGAAGAAGAAACUGCUGAAGUCUCUACCCCACCAACUAGUACCAUUAUUACCACAAGCGCUAUCACUACUAGCUGCUGCAGCAGAAGCAGCAGCAUUAGUAGUUGUGGCAUGAGUACUGAUAGUUACUCCAAUUCCAGCUCGGUUCAUGAAACCGAUAUCCUGUUUGAUGAUGCAUAUAAACCAGAUUUGAGCAAUUUGAUUGAGGAAUUCAAGAGGGUUACUUCUCAGUCUGAUUUUUCAUGGGGUUUUGGACCUGUGUUCGAUGGGUUUGCAUUUUCCCAGGAAGUGUUGGAUUUUCCAAAAAGUGUGGUAUCACCCGGGACAAGUGACUUGGAAUUCUCAGAAUUUGAUAAGAUGAAGGUGGAGAGACAGAUAUCAGCAUCUCUAUAUGCAAUGAAUGGGGUGCAAGAGUACAUGGAAACUAUCCAUGAUCCUAUUGAAGCUUUAUGGGAUCUUCCACCAUUAUAAUAAUCACCCUGCAGAACUUGUGAUUCUAACGAGCAUAGAAUCUCCCUCUUCUCCUUCCUUUCCUUUCUUCCCCUAGUUUCUGGUUUCACUUUACCCUUGCUUGUGAAGUUACAGUGACAACAUACCAGCUAGAGAUGAGGUCGAAAUCUUGUUUUUUAAAAUGUUAACAGCAAAUUACAUGGAGAAGGUAAAAAAAUCGUCGAUGAAUACCAAGUCGAACCAAUCAUGGCGAUUAAAUUAUACCUUUUGUUCCCCAUGGUAACCUCUCUUUUUCAUUGGAGUAGAUACAGAUGUCAUCAAUGUCUGUAGUCAUUGAAAAGCAUGUUUCAACCUCUUAACAGCUCAGACAAAAGCUCUUGGGGCCCUACAGCCAACAACUAUCCAAAAAGAGUUGCAGUGUCUUCCAAUAUGUAAUCCUUGGUUACUCAGGCUAUCGUCCACUUUAUCUGUAUACUGAAAUCUUUGAUCAUGUCAUUAGUAAGUUUUUACUUCUCAGCAAA